UACAGAAAUUGACUACAUCUUGGAAUUGUAAAAACAUGAUUGGACUAGAUUUGGCCAUUACUAAGAACGAACGCUGGUAAUCAAAAUAUAAAUUACUUAUUUUACCCAAGGUAUAUGCAUACAGUACCCAUUUUACUCCUAAAUUUUUUUGUUUGAGCUCAUCAAACUUCAAUUUAUUUGGAACAUAACUUGCACUAAUACAUCAGCAUAAACACUACCACUUAGAAACAUGAAACACCAGCAGCAACUACAAUGCUAAUUGCUACUACUUGUUAGCUUUUUCGUUCUCAGGCAGCCAUCUAAGUUGAGCUGUUGGUUCUUCUCAAAAGCCUCCCAGAAAUAUAAACUUCACUUCCACUUCCUGGAGCCACCACUACUUCCUAAUCCUGGAAUUUCUCUCUCUCUAAUCCAUGAACACAGUGAUAGAGAACAAGCCAGAAUCGCCUCCAAAGAAACAUUUUGAAGUGCUCGUAAAGAUUCUCCAGAUGCAAAGAUCUGAUACUCCAAUCUUGAAAGUCCCUUCUUUUUCUUUUUCCUGAACCCAGUCUAUCCACUGAAUCUACAACCACAACAAAAUCCACUUUAUUUAUAAUGCUUCCACGACCUCCUAAAAAUCAUAUCAUUCAAGAGGUUCCCUGUUUGGGUUAACCAAGCAAUGCUACUGAAUGGCAGCUAGUCUCCUCCCUAUGAGUUGGGAAGAAUAAGUUCUUUCUUGUCUUGAACAUUUGGAGCUUCAAUAUCAUUAAAGUCACUGUAAUUCUUGAACUCAAUCACAGUUCAAAAAACUCACUUCUUUAUUGAUGUUGUAUAAAUGAAACGGCAUUUCUUCGUUACCAAAGUCUAUUAGUAAGAAGAAAAGGAAAUACCCGUAUACAGAGAAGAGAGAUACAGAGACAUUUGGAGACAGAUAUUUGAAGGAAAUUUGAAGUGUUACCUUGGGUCCUGCGGCCAGGAGAGAUGCAUGCUGCUUCUAUGUAUGAGGGCGGGUUUCAGCCUAGAGAGAUGGGGAACUUGCUUUCUGGGAAGAUCAAGGGUUGUUCAAGAAAGGGAUGGACAGCUGUCGGCAAACCAGAGAUUGCGUACACUGGUUAGUGGCUUGUGUUUCCUAAGAGGAGAACAAGGAAGAAGAUUGGCAAUAGUUUUUUAUGGUACAGUUGACCUUGAAGAAGAAGAAGGGCUAUGUUUGGAACUAUACAAUUUUUCUUUUUUUCUGUUUCUUCAACGUUGGUUGUUAAAAUUACUUUUUAAAUACUUAAUGAGUAGGUUAUUGAGCUUGUAGAUUGUUGUCUUGUGUUAUGGAAGUGUGAAUUUCAUACUUAAUGAGUAGGAGGGUGGAACCUAUUCAGGUUAUCUAUUUGAAAGGAUUUGUGUUGUUAGAGUAGAGAUGGUCCUGAUUCUCUAUUUGAAGGGACUUUUUUUUAUUCUUUUUCAUUUUUAAUUUUAUUACUUGACUCUGUAUUUAGACUAUGAUUGCUUACUUUUCAUGGUGGCAGAAUGAUUCAAAUGGGAAACGGAUGAAAAUUGUGGGAUCAAAAAGUGAAAACAGUGCUUCAAAAGCUGAAGUAGAAGCAAGUUCUGCAGGUGGGAAGAAGCCACCUGAACAAAACAGUAAACCUUCUGAGCCACCAAAAGACUAUAUUCAUGUGAGAGCAAGAAGGGGUCAAGCUACAGAUAGCCAUAGUCUUGCAGAGAGAGCUCGGAGAGAAAAAAUAAGUGAGAGGAUGAAAAUCCUUCAAGAUUUGGUCCCUGGUUGUAGUAAGGUUAUCGGAAAAGCACUUGUGCUUGAUGAGAUUAUCAAUUACAUCCAGUCACUACAGCGUCAGGUUGAGUUCCUAUCAAUGAAGCUAGAAGCAGUUAAUUCAAGGAUGAACAUGCACCCAACAAUUGAAGGUUUUCAUUCUAAAGAUCUUGGUUCACAGCCAUUUGAUGCUAGCGGAAUGCUAUUUGGCCCUCAACCAACCAGGGAAUAUGCUCAAGGAUCUGAAUCUGAAUGGCUGCACAUGCAGGUUGGUGGGACUUUUGAAAGAGCAGCAUAGUUUUAGGGGACUGUCAAUUGCCAUUCAUAAACCAGGCUGAGCAAGAGUGUGUGUAUCUGUCAUCUUUAGGCGAAGAAGAAAUUUGUUAUUGGUCUUCACUUCUGGUGCAGGCAUGUCUUACCCAUUUGUAGACCUUUUUCUUUCUUAAAUUUGUAAUAUCUCAUCAUUUGUAGAAAAUGCAUCUAAUCCUUGUGUAUUAUCCGACCUUAUCCCAUUGUAUCAGUUCCGGAACAAGGUCAUUCAGAGUGGGUGUAGUUUGUGCUUUUCUAGAAUUUCUUCAAUCUAUUUUCCUCGUAUCA